AUGGAACUCGUGAAGAUGUUAGUGCAAGCAAAGGACCAAAGCGUACGCCAAUGCUGCUCCACCAGGCAGUUUCUUCGGAACCACCUGCUGGAUCGUUCAAUGACCUUGCAGCUCAAGCUCAGGCUCAUUAUGCGGCUUGUUAUCUGCAGCAACUUCAAGAGCAACAAAGAAUGCGUUCGGCUGGUAUGCAAGCAACAGGCUUUUUCGGUAAUCAACCCUCCAUUAAUAUGGGCGGUAUUAGGUGGUAUUCCUGGGGCGUUUUCGCAAAGUCAGCACCCAGCGGCAGCGGCAGCACCUCCAUUGGCACCUCCAGCUGUAGCUGCUGCUCCGAAGCCGUCAGCCGGCGGUGUUUUAGGUACUGUGCCACCAGUUACAGCAGCUGCUCCUGUUCCUUCAUCUAGUACUGGUUUCCCCAUCACAUUCACUUCCACUGCCCCUGUGACAACAGCUGCUUCGUUGCCUUCGUCUGCCCCCUCAGUUACAUCUACUUCUUCGGUGCCAACUACUACUGCAACAUCUGGUACGUUCCCUUGUUCACUUGUAACCACUCUGAUGCAGUGA